AUGGCAAAAAUAAAAAAAGUUAAUGAGCCAGCAAAUUUACUUAAUCCUAGAACAAAAGAAUAUGAAUUUUUAGGUCCAAUUGGAGCAUUUUUAAUGAUAACAUUUUUACCUAUUCUAAUGUACAUAUUACAUUUAGGCUGUACAGUGGAUGGUUGUCCUUCACCAAAAUACAUUUCAAAAUUAAUCAAUUUAGAAUUUUUUAGUAAUGAUGAUAAUAAUGAUCAUGAAAAUUUUUAUUCAUUAUCAGACUUUUUUGAUUUUAAAAUAUUUAUAAUAUAUAAUUUGUAUUUGGUUUAUUUAGUGUUAUUGUGGUACAUUUUACCGGGGAAUUGGAUUGAGGGCGUUAGAUUGAGAAACAACAAAGUUUUAAAGUAUAAAGAGAAUGGAUUCAAAACUUUAAUUGUCACCUUUACAUUAUUAUUAAUUAGCUCUUAUUUUUGGGGAUAUGAAUUUUUAUUGAUAAUUAGUGAUAAAUAUAUACAGUUUAUGACAUCAUCAAUAAUAGUAUCAUUCAUGCUAUCAGUGUUUGUUUACAUUAACAGUUUUAGAAAUGAUAAAGAUUCAGUAUUAUUAUCAUUAGGUGGCAACUCUGGAAAUAUAAUUUAUGAUUUUAUGAUUGGUAGAGAACUGAAUCCAAGAAUCCAAGAUUUUGAUAUAAAAUGUUUUGUAGAGCUGAGACCAGGAUUGAUUUGUUGGCUGUUGGUAAAUAUUUCAAUGGCACUAAAACAAUAUGAUGAAUUGGGAACGCUGACAUUUGGGAUGUUGUUUAUUUUGAUUUUUCAAGGAUGGUAUUGUGUUGAUUCAUUGUACAACGAGGCAAAUGUUCUUACAACAAUGGAUAUUACAACUGAUGGAUUUGGUUGGAUGUUGGCAUUUGGAAAUCUGAGUUGGUUGUCUUUCUUGUACCCGUUACAAUCUCGUUACAUCUCUUUACAUCCAAAAGAUUUGUCAAUAUUUGAAAUUGUCCUUGUUAUGACACUUCAGCUUAUUGGCUACUCAAUAUUUCGAGAAUUUAUCGAAACUGAAGCUGGAUCUAAGUUAAUAAUCUCUGGUUGGUGGGGAAUCUCUAGACACAUAAAUUAUUUAGGUGAUUGGUUAAUGGCUUGGGCUUGGUGCUUAACUUGUGGAUAUGAUGAUAUUUUUCCAUAUUUUUAUGUGGUGUAUUUUGGUGUAUUACUUAUUCAUAGAGAAUUGAGAGACGAAGAAAAAUGCAGAAAAAAGUAUAAAAAAGAUUGGGAUAAAUAUUGUGAAAUUGUUAGAUGGAGAAUUAUACCUGGUGUUUAUUAA